GCCGCCAAGCGCUGCACGGGCGUUUUGCGACACUUGCAGUAGGAGUCGCGGCAGCUGGAGGAGCCCGUCAGCUGAUUUCCAGCACCACCAGCGCUGAGAAGGGGGCGAAGGAGGAAAGGCAAGCAGGAAGAAGGCAGAAGUGGGGGGCGCGCGCGCAGCCCAGGAGGAGAGCGCCCCCUCGCCCUCCAUCUCCGUGGGAAGGGGCAGCUCCCGGCUGGGGCAGGUGUGAAAACAUAAUGGCGGGCAACAGUUUGGUGCUACCAAUUGUCCUAUGGGGACGCAAAGCUCCCACUCACUGUGUAUCGGCCAUACUAUUAAUGGAUGACGUGUCCAUGAUCAUAACGGGAUGUCAUGAUGGACAAAUAUGCCUUUGGGAUGUUUCUUCAGACCUAGAAAUAAAUCCUAGAGCUCUCUUGUUUGGUCAUACAGCUUCAGUUACUUGUUUGUCCAAAGCCAGUGCUUCAAGUGAGAAACAGUACAUAGUGAGUGCAUCUGAAAGUGGGGAGAUGUGCCUCUGGGAUGUGAAUGAUGGAAGAUGUAUUGAAUUUACUAAAUUAGCCUGCACACACACUGGCAUACAGUUCUAUCAGUUCACAAUUGGAACGCAGCGUGAAGGCAGGCUCCUGUGUCAUGGCCAUUACCCAGAAAUUCUUGUUGUGGAUGCUACCAGCCUUGAAGUUCUUUAUUCCUUGGUGUCAAAGAUUUCUCCCGAUUGGAUCAGCUCCAUGAGCAUUAUUCGAUCUCACAGAACACAAGAGGAUACUGUUGUAGCAGUGUCAGUGACGGGCAUUCUCAAAGUAUGGAUAGUAACUUCAGAAGUUAGCCAUAUGCAGGAUACAGAACCAGUCUUUGAAGAGGAAUCUAAACCAAUCUACUGUCAGAACUGCCAAAGCAUUUCUUUCUGUGCAUUUACCCAAAGAUCUCUUUUGGUAGUAUGCUCAAAGUACUGGAGGGUGUUUGAUGCUGGAGAUUAUUCCCUGUUGUGCUCAGUCCCCAGUGAGGAUGGCCAGACCUGGACAGGAGGUGAUUUUGUAUCAGCAGACAAAGUGAUCAUAUGGACAGAAGAUGGUCAAAGUCUUAUAUAUGAACUGCCAGCCAGUUGCUUACCAGCUAGUGAUUCAUUUCGCAGUGAUGUUGGAAAAGUUGUUGAAAACCUAAAUCCCCCUCAACUCUAUUGUGUUGUGGACAGAGCAGUGGAGAAAGCAGAUCAACAGUUAAUAAUCUGCCCUCCUGUUACUCGGUUCUUCUAUGGCCGCAGAGAAUGUUUCCACAAACUCCUUAUCCAGGGAGAUUCCUCGGGGAGGCUCAGCAUUUGGAGUAUACCCCAUACACUUGCCCAGCAAGACGUGACAGAAGCAGGCCUGAAAGUCACCACCUCCACUUCCCUGCAGGAAGCUUUCAGCAAACUUUCUCCUCAUCCUGCUGGAAUUAUAGAUCAGUUGAGCUUCAUACCAAACAGCGAAGAGCCACUCAAAGUGACGGCCAGUGUGUACAUACCGGCACAUGGACGCCUGGUUUGUGGCCGUGAAGAUGGAAGCAUUAUUAUUGUACCAGCGACUCAAACGGCUGUAGUUCAGCUCUUGCAAGAUGAACACAUGCGCAGACGAGGUUGGCCACCUCAUAGAACUCUGCGGGGUCAUCGGAACAAAGUCACAUGUUUGCUGUAUCCUCACCAGGUCUCUUCUCGUUAUGACCAAAGAUACUUGGUCUCAGGUGGUGUAGAUUUUUCCGUCGUCAUCUGGGACAUCUUUUCUGGAGAAAUGAAACACAUCUUCUGUGUGCAUGGUGGGGAGAUUACUCAACUUUUGGUGCCUCCAGAAAAUUGCAGUUCAAGAGUCCAGCACUGUGUUUGCUCUGUUGCCAGUGACCAUUCAGUAGGACUCCUGAGCUUACGAGAGAAAAAGUGCAUAAUGUUAGCUUCCCGGCACCUCUUUCCAAUUCAAGUCAUAAAAUGGAGACCCUCGGAUGACUACCUAGUAGUUGGAUGUUCAGAUGGAUCUGUGUAUGUCUGGCAGAUGGAUACUGGUGCACUGGACCGCUGUGUAAUGGGCAUCACGGCUGUUGAGAUCCUGAAUGCUUGCGACGAGGCUGUUCCUGCUGCGGUUGAUUCCCUUAGCCAUCCUGCUGUCAACUUAAAGCAGGCCAUGACCAGACGUAGCCUUGCCGCUCUGAAGAACAUGGCUCAUCAGAAACUCCAGACUCUUGCCACAAACCUCUUGGCUUCUGAUUCAUCGGACAAAGGAAACUUGCCUAAAUACUCUCACAACUCUCUGAUGGUUCAGGCCCUGAAGACUAACUUAACAGACCCAGAUAUCCAUGUACUCUUCUUUGAUGUGGAAGCUCUGAUUAUUCAGCUACUAACUGAAGAAGCCUCCAGGCCUAACACAGCUCUUAUUUCCCCAGAGAAUUUGCAGAAAGCAUCUGGCAGUUCUGACAAAGGGGGUUCUUUCCUAGCUGGCAAGCGAGCAGCAGUCCUGUUUCAACAGGUUAAAGAGACUAUCAAAGAGAACAUAAAAGAACAUCUUCUUGAUGAAGAUGAUGAUGAUGAGGAAGCCAGGCAGAGAAGAGAAGAUAGUGACCUAGAGUAUCGGUCCAGCAAAUCUAAGCCAUUGACUCUCUUAGAAUAUAACCUAACCAUGGACACAGCCAAGCUGUUUAUGUCAUGUCUUCAUGCUUGGGGCCUGAAUAUUGCUCUGGAUGAAAUUUGCAGUGACCGCCUGGGAAUGUUGAGGCCGCACUGCUCUGUCUCUUUUGGCCUGCUGUCAAGAGGAGGCCACAUGUCUCUAAUGCUUCCUGGAUACAAUCAGCCUGUAAGUAAGGCGUCCUCUACAGGUGUGGAGGUAGGAAAGACUGUUUCUCUCUCGGAAGGAUACAUCAGGUGCACAUAUGGCAUAUCGCGCGCAGUAACCACUCAACACCUACUCUCCAUUAUCUCCUUGGCAAACACCUUAAUGAGUAUGACAAAUGCAACGUUUAUUGGAGAUCAUAUGAAGAAGGGACCAGCCAGACCUCCUAGGCCAGGAACUCCUGAGUUGGCUAAAGUGAAGACUCCUGCUCCUGUUGCCUGCCCAACAGGUCAAGGGCAAAUUAAACAAGUUGCUCCUGCUGUUUCUGCUAGCACUGAAGCUGAUCACUCUGGCUCUGACCCUGCUCCUCCUUUACAUACCUGUUUCUUAGUAAAUGAAGGAUGGAGUCAACUUGCUGCUAUGCACUGUGUUAUGCUUCCUGAGACGGUGGGCCUGGAUAAAUUUAGACCACCUCUCCUUGAAAUGUUGGCUCGUAGAUGGCAAGAUCGAUGCUUGGAGGUGAGAGAAGCUGCCCAAGCCUUACUGUUAGCGGAACUGAGAAGAAUUGAACAAGUCGGGAGGAAGGAAACCAUUGAUAUGUGGGCCCCUUAUUUACCGCAGUAUAUGGACAGUGUUAUAUCACCUGGAGUGACCACAGAAGCCAUUCAGUCUGCUAUUGCUAAUCCAGAACAACAGGGACCUGAAACCAAAGUUCAAGAAGAGGAGCAUGAUCUGGUGGAUGAUGACAUCUCAGGUUCUCUGUCUGGACUUCCACAAAUGAAAAAGAUAUCUUUGUCAUAUGAAGAGAGGCGAAAGCAAGCUACAGCUAUUGUUCUGCUAGGAGUCAUUGGAGCAGAGUUUGGAGCAGAAAUUGAGCCUCCGAAGUUGCUGACCAGACCUCGCAGUUCUAGCCAAAUUCCUGAAGGGUUUGGCUCAACUAGUGGCGGAUCCAACUAUUCUUUGGCAAGGCAUACUUGCAAGGCCUUGACAUACCUUCUGCUGCAGCCUCCCAGCCCCAAACUUCCCCUGCACAGCACCAUCAGGAGAACUGCUAUUGACCUCAUAGGACGAGGGUUUACAGUAUGGGAACCUUACAUGGACGUGUCUGCUGUGCUGAUGGGCCUUUUGGAGCUCUGUGCUGAUGCUGAGAAGCAACUUUCAAACAUCACAAUGGGGCUGCCUCUGAGUCCAGCAGCUGACUCCGCCCGCUCUGCACGACAUGCUCUCUCCCUCAUUGCCACGGCCAGACCACCCGCCUUCAUAACAACCAUCGCCAAGGAGGUGCACAGGCACACUGCUCUACAAGCAAACACGCAGUCUCAGCAGAAUAUUCAUACCACAACCUUGUCAAGGGCCAAAGGAGAAAUUCUGAGAGUUGUUGAAAUACUUAUUGAAAAAAUGCCCACAGAUGUUGUGGAUCUCCUUGUAGAGGUUAUGGAUAUCCUCAUGUAUUGUCUUGAAGGAUCAUUAGUCAAGAAAAAGGGACUAAAAGAGUGCUUUCCAGCCAUCUGCAGGUUCUACAUGGUCAGCUAUUAUGAGCGGAGUCACAGAAUAGCAGUUGGAUCCCGCCAUGGUUCAGUGGCCCUCUACGACAUCCGGACUGGGAAAUGUCAGACCAUCCUUGGCCAUAAAGGACCCAUUACAGCAGUGUCUUUUGCUCCUGAUGGACGCUAUCUUGCCACUUACUCCAACACAGAUAGUCACCUCUCCUUUUGGCAGAUGAACACCUCUCUCUUGGGAAGCAUUGGCAUGCUGAAUUCUGCACCACAGCUCCGUUGUAUGAAAACCUACCAGGUGCCGCCCGUCCAGCCUGCGUCACCAGGCUCCCACAAUUCCCUCCGACUGGCCAGGCUUAUCUGGACUUCCAACCGCAAUGUGAUCCUUAUGGCCCAUGAUGGCAAAGAGCAUAGAUUUGUGGUGUAGAGCCAGGCUCCUUUUUAUUUUAUUUUAUUUAUUUCUUGCUCUGAAUACAAUUUUGUUUUAAAAUCCCCUGUAAAGCUCUCCCCCUCUCUGUGAUCUUAACACUGGAGGGUCCAUACCAGUGUCCACAAAAGUUAUCCAGCAGGAUUGGCCAGGUGGCAUUUAUUCUACUUGGUUCUCAAGAACAGAGCCUUAUUUAAGCUUGCUGUUUACUUAGAAAGAUGCACAUCCGUGCUGUGGCCUAUAGCAGCUAUUCUGGCGUGUGGGGUGGGUUUUUCCCCCUCUUGUGGGUGGAGAAAAGGAGGAGCUUGAGAAUCCAGCUGCCUUGUCUGUUUUAGCUUCUUCAGUGAGACUCUGGAAGAUCUUAAUUUCUUUUGAUAUAUUUCUAAAAGCAGUUGCUAACUAUGGCACAGGAGCUGGGCUGACUAAUCACUUUGAGAACAGCUGAAAUAACCCACUGGAAUUUUUAUAUAUAAAAAUAUAUAUAUAUAUAUAUAUAUAUAUAUAUAUAUAUAUAUAUAUAUAUGGAAAUGUUGAAGUAUUUAGAAUCCUGAUGUUUACUGAAAGCUUACAUGUUUACAUGGAUGUUCUUCCAGCAGCUGUUGGAGGAUCACUCAGAAGAGUUUUGAGGCUACUACCCAGAGCUCGGGGUGGUAGUUAUAGCUCCACACAUGCAUUUCUGGUCUUUUUUGACCAACAGAAGAGAAGCAGCUAGUCCUGCAGUGUGUGCAAAAGAGCUCCCAUAUGUUCAUUAGAUCAGUUGUCAGGCAUUUCACGCAAAAAUUCAGGGGCAGGAGGGUUUUCUACUUUGGAUCAGCAUGCUUCCCCUCACUUACAUUGUUGAUGGAUUUGGGAUUGAUGGCAUACUUUAAUGAAUGAAGAGAGAACUGUAUGUUUCUUACAUUGCAGAAGAGAGUCGAAUAAUCUCUCUGGUGUUAAAUUUAAAAGAGAACAUGAAAAUCUGCAAAGCAAAAUUAAGUGAAACCUAGUAUGAAAACAUGUAUCAGUCUUUUCAUUGCUGCUAAUAUAGAUCUCUCUGUCCACAAGUGUUCUUUCACCCAGCUUUCACUAGCCCUGGGUUCAAUGAGGAGGCAAAGGUCCUUCACAUUUAUGCCGGAUUGUGUUGCUGCAUAAACAAAUCAUGAUCUAGCGUGUUUUCAUUUUGAUUUCACUGAAGGACAGAGACAUAAGAGUUGGAUGCUGAAAUGCAUCACUAAUUGUUAUUGCAGGAAAAAAUUUUUAAAAAGUGAACUCUGAUCCAGUUUCAACAUUUUUUAGCAUUUUCCUUAAUGAGAAGAUCCACUUAUAAUGUAAACAAUUGGUGUUCACAUAUCUCCCAUGUCUUGCAUAUUUAUUUUUGUGUGAAAAGCAUCUGAGUUUUGUUCACAGGACAAAGUAAAAAGAUGUAGGGGUUUUUGUUUUUUUUAAAUUAAAGCGUGUGUAUGUGUGUGUGCGUGUGUGUGCGCGCGCGUGCUUGUGUGUAUAUACGCAUGUGUGAUUCUAGCUUGCAUUCACUUUCUGGGAAAUGUGCAGAGAGAAUCCUCUUAGUAUAUGCUAACAUGUUUCAACAACAACAAAAGGAGCCUGUAGAAAAUGCAAAACUAGAAUCUGAAACAAUAAACUGAAAUUAUAGAUUCAAAACAGAUUGGGUGCAUUCGUGUUCAUGCACUGCUUUUUUGCAGUCACUAUAAAGGUUGAUGAGGGUUGUGCCGAUAUCAUGCAUUCUCUUCCCUAGCGAUUCUCAAACUUGGGUCCCCAGAUGUUGCUGGACUACAAAUCCCAUCAUUCCCAGCCCCAAUGGCCAAAGGCCAUUGUAGUCGAGCAAUAUCUGGGGACCCAAGUUUGAGAAGCCCUGCCUCUCCCUUUUGCGCCAGGGGAACUUGCAUCAGCAGAGCUCCCAGUAAUUUGCAAAUGCUGUUUUGAGGGAUUGUGUAUUUGGUUUAAAAAAACAAACAAACAAACAAACUAGGUCUAUUUAAUACACUAUACAUGUAACUAGGAUUACAUAGGCCACAAUCAACAUAUCUACUUGGGAUCUUAAAAGUGGAGCAAGAAAUAAGACCACUAGGAACGCUGAUCUCAUAGUGCUGUAAAUGUGUGUCCUUUUUAACUAUGGCAACGCUACAUAGCAUGUGUCCAGCGUGGUAAAAAUUCUAUCAUGAAGCUUGGCGUUUUUUAAGUGAACUUAUGCAAUGUGCUCAUGUGUUGCAAGGGAGAACACACAGAACGUAUACAUGUUGUCUGUACGACAGAGUGUUGUAGCACUGAGUUUGAGUGCUGGCAUCAGUAAAAAUGGAGAAAGACCUUUCUGCACAUCAUUCCAUGGACAUCCGAGUGUCAUAUUUAGGACUUUUGUUGUUCAUCUCUUGCUUUUCUAACAGUGCCCAUGAGCCAGAGUUUGCAGGGCUCUGGUGCUUACACAGAGUUCUCCACAAUCAAGCAGUUCUCCUGUCUCUUUAGUGUGGGAUACUGCUUCUUGCAUGCUGUGGAUGUUCAUGCAAAGAAUAUCCCCAGCAUUGAAGAAAACUUACAGGGUUCCAGCUACCACAAAACUCCACCUAGAGCCAUUGUGCGUAGGUUACGUUGAACACAAGGCUUCCAUUGAAAAUGGCAUCCCCAUUGUGAGUUCACUCCCUUCCUAACAUGUAGUAAAACAUAUCUGUGCCCUGAUGUCACAAUGUUAUGAAUUUUUCUGCCAGUAAGUGGUCAGUGUUGUGAGGCAGGGGCAAGGAAACGCAUAAAGUUGAGACAUCAGACAAGCAUACUACACGUUGCAAGUGGAGAAGGGAGAACUCAGUUUUGUGAUUGUAACUUUUGCCAGCAGCCUCUGUGUGUGUUGUAACAUGGAGUUCCGCUCUCCAGGUCUAUCACAGAUUCUGCACUGUGCUGACAAGAGUGCAAAUUUCCCAAGCAAGGCUGCACAAUCUGUUUUCAUUCCAAGGGGAAUUGUGCAUCCUGUAAUUCUGCUGCUACUUUAAAAAAAGCAAAAAAUUUAAAAAACCCAAGAAGAAUGGAGAAUGUACAGCAACUGUGCUAGAUGAGAUGGCAACCAUAACAGCUGAGUUGUGCGAGGUUUUUAAAAAAAAACAAAAUGGGUUUUCUUAAUUCCAGUAUUUUUAAAUACAGUCACAUGCUAUCACUAACACAGAGUAGUUGGGUGUUGUGAAGGAUUUAAAAGUACUCUCAAUGGCGUAUUGGAGGGUGGCGGGGGGAGGACACUAAGAUUUUGUCUCUUACAGAUAUAUAGCACAUGAUACAUGUCUGUAAAUAACAGUUCAGGGCUUUUAAACCAAUAGGAAAGCUAGCUUAUGGAAAAGAGUAAUUUAAACAGGAUAAUCAAUAUUUAUUAACUAGCAAUCGCAACUAUCCACCAAGCCCAGUAUGGGGACCCUGUGUGACCCCCAUCACUGGAAUGAAGGGAGGCUGUGCUACAGUGUAGCACAUAAGUGGAUUUUUGCCCUAGAAGUCUUAAUUUCCCUAACAUCCGCAUAGGCAAAUCUGACACUCUCAACCCUCACUGCAAACUUCAUCACAGCUUAGAUCUUUCAGCACUGCAGUAAAAUUUGUAUUGUCAUUCCAGUGUAAGCUUUUAGUGUUUUAUUGAUUUGUUUAGUACUGUAUUUGGAUUUGUCCUUGUAAAUGUAGAGACGUACGUAGCUUCAUUGGCAGUUUACAAGCAAAAGAUGAUAUGAUGAGGCACCUGUAUGAAAAUGUUGUCAUGACUGAAGUCACAGUGUAUGGUAACUGAUUAAAAUGUCUGCUUCGAGAAA